GAGAUUUCCUCAACAGUUAUCUCAUCUACUUAUCAGAACGCUCCCUUUCUCCUCUCGUGAUCCUCCAACCGCACUCCUUCAAUGAGAACAACUACAACAACGGCACCACGCACCCACCUUUCUGUUCUCAUGAGUACUCGUCACCUCCUCCUCCGCUGCCAUGCCAUCUCCACCCCACAACGGCGGCGGUGACGCCCAUCCUCCCCAACGCCGCCACCACCUCAACUUGCUCAUCUUGCUCCUCCGCCUCGUCACCUUCGGCUUCUCCCUGGCCGCGGCCAUCUCCAUCGUCACCAAUUCCUCCCCCUCCUGGCUCCGCUUCCAAUCCUUCCGGUUCGUCUUCGCCGCGAACGUGAUCGUGGCCGCCUACUCCCUCUUCGAGAUGUGCGCCUCCGUCCACGAGAUCCUCAAGGGCGCCACCCUCUUCCCGGAGCCCAUGCAACUCUGCUUCGACUUCACCCACGACCAGGUGUUCGCGUACAUGGUGGUGGCGGCCGGCGCAGCAGGGGCUGCGGACGCGCGGCGGCUGAGGGCGGGGGGAGCGUGCGCGGCGGAGGGCGGCUUCUGCGUGCUGGCGGACGUGGCGGUGGCGCUGGGGUUCGCGGGGUUCGCGUUUCUGGCGCUCGCGUCGCUCGUCACCGGGUUCCGGCUCGCCUGCUACGUCACCACCGGCUCCGGUCUCCACAUCUGGUGAUGUCUAAGUGUUUGACCUCGACAUUUAUGUUGGUCAAACCACAACAACAGAAACAUGGAAAGAAACAACAUGAACAAUCGUCUGCUUCACACCAUGUUGAACUUUGCAUGGGGAAAUAAGUAGAUGCAAGCAGGCGGAGAGGAAGUCUUAAAAAGACAGCUUCAUCAACCUCGUUUGGUGCGCCACACCACACUGCUGUUGGGAAAGUGAUUGGGUUGGUGUGGCACAGCUUUCAUGAGAGAAUAAGGAAGCCAAGCCAAGCCUCCUCUCACCUAUCAACACUUCAUGAUCUCCCUCUUUUUGCUUCCA